UGCGCCUGCGUAGCGCGCGCUCUCGCCUCAGGAGCCGCAGUCUCGGGAGCGCCCAGGAGGUGUUUCGGUAUUCUCUGACUCGCCUCUCCCGCGAACCCGGCGUCGUUGGACUGCACCCCGGGCGGGGACGUCCGCCGGGCACGGGAGGAAGCCACGAUGCCGAUCAAUAAAUCGGAGAAGCCGGAAAGCUGCGAUAAUGUGAAAGUGGUUGUGAGGUGCCGCCCCCUCAAUGAGAGAGAGAAAUCAAUGUGCUACAAACAGGCCGUCAGUGUGGAUGAGAUGAGGGGGACUAUCACUGUACAUAAGACUGAUUCUUCCAACGAACCUCCAAAGACAUUUACUUUUGAUACUGUUUUUGGACCAGAGAGUAAACAACUAGAUGUUUAUAAUUUAACUGCUAGACCUAUUAUUGAUUCUGUUCUUGAAGGCUACAAUGGGACUAUUUUUGCAUACGGACAAACUGGAACAGGUAAAACUUUUACCAUGGAAGGUGUUCGAGCUGUUCCUGAACUUAGAGGAAUCAUUCCAAAUUCAUUUGCUCACAUAUUUGGUCACAUUGCAAAAGCAGAAGGUGAUACAAGAUUUUUGGUUCGAGUGUCCUAUUUGGAAAUAUAUAAUGAAGAAGUUCGUGACCUUUUGGGCAAGGAUCAGACACAGAGGUUAGAGGUUAAAGAAAGACCUGAUGUUGGAGUUUAUAUUAAAGAUUUAUCAGCUUAUGUGGUAAACAAUGCUGAUGAUAUGGAUAGAAUCAUGACACUGGGCCACAAAAAUCGUUCUGUUGGUGCAACUAAUAUGAAUGAACACAGUUCCCGUUCCCAUGCCAUCUUUACCAUUACUAUAGAAUGCAGUGAAAAAGGCGUUGAUGGAAACAUGCAUGUCAGGAUGGGGAAGCUCCAUCUUGUAGAUCUUGCUGGUUCAGAAAGACAAGCAAAAACUGGAGCUACUGGACAGCGCCUAAAAGAAGCUACAAAAAUCAAUCUUUCGCUUUCCACCCUUGGUAAUGUAAUUUCUGCCUUGGUUGAUGGAAAAAGCACUCAUGUGCCUUAUCGAAACUCUAAGUUGACUCGGCUUCUUCAGGAUUCCUUAGGAGGCAAUUCAAAAACCAUGAUGUGUGCAAAUGGGCCAGCAGAUUACAAUUACGAUGAAACCAUCAGUACAUUACGAUAUGCUAAUCGUGCUAAGAAUAUUAAAAAUAAAGCUAGAAUUAAUGAAGAUCCAAAGGAUGCUUUGCUUCGUCAGUUUCAGAAAGAAAUAGAAGAACUGAAAAAAAAGCUUGAAGAAGGGGAGGAAAUAUCAGGCUCUGAUAUCAGUGGAUCAGAGGAGGAGGAGGAUGAAGAGGGUGAGGUUGGAGAAGAUGGAGAGAAAAGGAAAAAAAGAAGAGAUCAAGCAGGUAAAAAGAAAGUUUCCCCAGAUAAGAUGGUUGAAAUGCAAGCAAAAAUUGAUGAGGAGAGAAAAGCACUUGAAACAAAGCUUGAUAUGGAAGAAGAAGAAAGAAACAAGGCUAGAGCUGAGUUAGAGAAACGAGAAAAAGAUCUCCUUAAGGCCCAACAAGAACAUCAGUCUUUGCUAGAGAAAUUAUCUGCAUUGGAGAAGAAGGUAAUUGUUGGUGGCGUUGAUUUGUUGGCGAAAGCUGAGGAACAAGAGAAACUUCUUGAAGAGUCCAACAUGGAACUGGAAGAAAGGAGGAAAAGAGCAGAGCAACUUCGCAGAGAACUUGAGGAAAAAGAGCAAGAACGCUUGGAUAUUGAAGAGAAGUAUACCAGUUUACAAGAAGAAGCUCAAGGAAAGACCAAGAAGUUAAAGAAAGUUUGGACUAUGCUGAUGGCUGCAAAGUCAGAGAUGGCUGAUCUCCAACAAGAACAUCAGAGGGAAAUUGAAGGCCUCCUGGAGAACAUUCGACAACUUAGCCGGGAGCUUCGACUUCAGAUGCUUAUUAUUGAUAACUUUAUACCUCAGGAUUAUCAGGAAAUGAUUGAAAACUAUGUGCACUGGAAUGAAGACAUUGGAGAAUGGCAGCUAAAAUGUGUUGCCUACACAGGAAAUAACAUGAGAAAGCAGACUCCAGUUCCUGAUAAAAAGGAGAAAGAUCCUUUUGAGGUGGAUCUUUCCCACGUUUAUCUUGCCUACACUGAAGAGAGCCUGCGCCAGUCCUUGAUGAAAUUAGAGAGGCCACGGACUUCAAAGGGGAAAGCAAGACCAAAGACAGGGAGAAGAAAGCGUUCUACAAAGCCCGAAACUGUAAUUGACUCUUUACUUCAGUAAAUGUUACAGACUUAAAAGUCACAAUAAAAAUUAGUGAUACUCUCAUGCCUGGACAAAAUCAUUAAUAAAAACACUGAAGACUUUUGUGUCAUUUCAAAUAAUGGAAGCUGUAGAUCAUGGAGUAAGACUGGAACUAAUAAUUUGCCUGAUAACUUUUAGUCUAUAUAUAUUAAGUUAGUAUAACACUAAAAAUGUACAACUAGUAAUUGUUCAAAUUGUCAUAGUACUUUUCAGUUUGUACUGUGCAGGGAAGUUGAGGGAGCAGCUCAUUCUGUAGAGCAUUGCAAUUUAAAUGUAUACAAAAAUCUGCUAGUGAUUUACUUAACUACUGUAUAUUUAGAUAGCCAGAUAUUCAAAACAAAACAAAACAAAAUGCAAGUCCUGUUGUGCACACAGAAAAGUGCAGGUAUAAUUGUCCUGUAUAUGUUUUGCUGUUAUAUAUGAAUGUAUGGGCUGUGAAUCUAAGAAAUGAUUCAAUCCUAACACCCCCCUGACCUUUUAAAAUAUAUUCUAAUUUUUAUACUUAACAUUCAUUGAAUUUAAAGUAUGAGAUGAGUGAACUUAUUGAUACAUGGAAAAUUUUAUAAUUUGAUAGUCCAUCUUUAGAAGUAUACAUAUUUAAAAAGCAAAAGUUGAAAAUGCUUUUCAUCUGGACCUCUCUUGAUCUUUUUUGCCACUUGGACCUCAAGUUAAAUUGUUUGUUUGUUCUUGGUUUCAUGAUUCUUGAAACAUUGAAUUUGUACCUAAAUAUAAAGGAGCCACAGUUGCAGAAUAUUAAGAAGCUAAAUACUGACCACUAAUAUUUGCCUAUAUGUGUAUAUUUUUAAAAAUUCACUUUGAAGUGUGACUAACGGAUGUUUUCUUGUGUCUGCAUUAUAAAUUUUGAUGGAGACUGCUUUUUUUCUCCCAAUUGAGAAAGGUCUUCAUUUUCCAGCAAAUGCAGCCAAAGGAAGAAAAAUGUCUUUAAUUCUUUGCCAUUAAAACACUUAGUUUUGUUUUUCUUCAUAUUUUAUAAAGAAAAUACUCUUCCCCGAAUUUCUUCCAUUGUUAAAUCCAGUUAGACCAUAACUCUAAAAUAAAAAUUAUUUUUAUUUUAUAGUGAAAUAAGUUGUAGUAGAUAGAAUUGUUUAUUAUUUUGUUGGCUGCUUACAACAUUUUUAUUUUUUUUUAACAUUAUGCUACUCCAAAACCACUAUGUGCAUAUAUAUAUAUGUGUCUUUUGUGAGUUUUUAAAUUAUGUAAUCAGCCCUGAAACACAUUGGCUACAAGUUUUGAGACCUCAUAAAUGAGUAUUUAUUAAGUUAACAUUAUUUUAGUAAGUUUGGUUAAAUACUGGUUUAUAAUUACAAAGCUGUAUAGAGCAGGGAUGAGUGAAGGAGGCCUGCUUGUGAAAUGAUGGUAAAAAUGUGUCCAUAAGUUCAAAGUACAUUCCAAAGGUGGCGUACUCAGAUGUCCUAUGUAUGGUGGAUAUUUUCUAGGAAAUAAAAUUGCAUUUAACUGGCAACAUUUCCUUUGUAAUGUGUAGGAUAGUUAGACAUUUACAACUUGACUCUGUGGGGCAUUGUUUAGGUACUGUGAAGCCUUGAGGUGAAUUUGUGUCUUGUAAAAAAGCUUUGUGUGAGCAGAGUACCUUGGCAGUUGUAGAUACACGUUUAACUCUGUUAGUGAUUAUUCUAGAGAAAUCUUAAUUGUCCCAGUAGAAAAAAUAUGACUGCUACUUAACCAUCCAGUUAAUAGAAGUGGAAUAAAGCUUUGCAUUAAGCUUUAAAAAAUUGUAGAAAAUGUAAGCCAAUCUUGUUAGAUUUUUUUUCUUUUCCACGCCAUUGCAGUAACAAAAAGAAAUCUGUAAAAAGUUAAAACAUUGAGAAAAUUUAAAAACAGGCAGCUUUAGCUUUUUUAAGGCAUUUACAUCAGAAUUGAUCAUAGCAGAUGGGCAUUAAAUAUUCAUCUUAUGUAACACCAAAAUUAGAUAGAUAUUCAAGCCAGGUCUGAAUAUCUGUGUGAAAACAUGGGAGCCUGACUUAAGAGCUCUUCAUUUAGCUCCAGUCAUAGCAGUUCUGUGGUUUCUUCACAUUCACUUUUUGUCUUUGUUCACAAAGAGAAUAUUUUGUAACUUCAUUGUUAAUUUCAUGAAAGGAUAUGAAUGAACAGACUUACUCAUUAUUUGAAAUGAGGCAGAUUUAAAAUGAGUGUUACAUAUAAAUAGGUUAUUGAAUGGCUAUUUUUUCUCAUUAAUUUAAAAAAGUAAUGCUUAUUUAUUAAAAGAAACCUUGUUAGAAUGUGGUAUGUUCUUUAAUAAACCUGUAAUUAUAUAUAGUAAUAAUUAGGACAUUAGGGUAUAAUAGUUCCCGUUUUUGUUUAGAUUCUUGUGAAGUAUUAAGAUUCAUCAAGACUGCGGGGGUGUCUACAUCUAUUUGUUUUGUUCCAAAAGUAGAAUCCACUUGACAUGCUAUGUCAUCUACUUUCUGGGAAAAAGGACCUUGUUUUGCAGCAAGAAAUUUAAGGUUACUUUAGAGGAGGGGGGCGGUUCUACUUCAACUGUAACAUGCUUUUAAAUUAUGGUUAUAGCUUUAGGUUUUUGUUUUUUUCUUUUUAGUCCUUUAAAAUAUUUUCCCCCUUAGCUCUUAUCUUGAGGAAGGUCUCUCCCUUUCCUACAGGGCUGUGAAUUAAAGAUGGGUAGAGUUUACAUUUAAGUAUGCCAGUGUCUGCCCAGUUUCUUAAUGUAUACAGUUGUUUUCCUUUUUACUUACUCUUUGAUCUUAAAAUGCUAGAAGAAAACAUAGAUCUUUCUAGUGCCUUUGAGCUUAAUUGUAGUCUAAUUUAAAUCAUUAAUAACUUCAGUAGCAUUACUACAACACUGUAUACUGGCCAAAAUUAUAAAUUGUAUGAUGCGUUUGUUGCAUUAAUUUCAAAAGCCACACUUUCAUUGUAUUUUAUGUAUAAAUUUUAUUUGUUCAAGUUGUAUAUAUUGUUAUUGUAUGUACACAUACAGCAUGGUUAAAUAAGAAAUAAAAAUCUUUACCUAAUGCGUGGAA